CUCUAAAUAUCUCUCAAUAGUGUCCGAUAAUAAUUACUCUUAAUUUGAGACCCACGGACACUGAGCAUCUUUUUAAAAGUUUUUAAAUGUAUAUAUGCUUUACUGUCGUGCGUUCAGUCCAGUCAAAUCAUAACCGUCCUCACAUGCACUCGUCUUGGUCCGUAAUAUUUUAGAGUUGUUCUUUUACAAAUUAGUACUUAAAUAAAGUAUACAAUGUCGGAAAACGGGGUCGAUGGGGACCCCUGCUCCUCCAGUAUUCCCAAUAUCACCAAGUCAUUUCUGGAGUCAGCACUGCAAAAGAAGGUCAAAACUUUCGACGUGAUUUCAGGCUCCAACCCAGGUGACAACUUUACCAGCGUUUUAUACGGGGUAGACGUUGUCUUGGAGGAUGACUCUUCCGACCAUCCGCAACAGCAUCUCCUCCUCAAACUGUACCCAAAUCACCCUAUUCGACAGAAAUUUCUGGAUGACACCAACUUAUUUUGGAAGGAAUAUUCCGUGUACAAAACUCUCAUCCCAGAAUAUAUGAAAUUGCAGAAGAAAGUUGUUCAAAAGAAAUCAGAUUUGUUAAAACUUGCCUUUCCUCCAUUUGUUGGGGGAAGUGCAAUAAAUUAUAAAAAUGCUCUUUCAAAGAACGCUGAAGACGAGCACAAAAGUGACUUCUUUUCCAACUAUAUCUUAAUGCAGGAUGUCCGCAAAAGCUGUGGAUUCACGAUGGCAAACAAACAGCUUGGCCUGGAUUUCGAUCACUGUGCUCUCGUGGUCAAAGAGCUGGCCAAACUGCACGCCCUCAGUCUGGCCUACAAAGUGCACAGCGGAUUGUCCACCCUCACGUCUCGUUUCCCAUUUCUCGCCGAAGCAUUUCUCUCGGAUGAGAACGUGUUUAUUCAGCCCGUGGCCAAGUCCAAUUUCGAGAUGGUGUUACAGCUCAUGGAAACCGAUGUCAGUCUCAAAGGUUCCGAGGCAAUGCGUUCCUUUCGUAAAUUGGAUGGGAAAAUUAUGGACAUUUUCAAAAUGUUUGUUUCCCCGGAAGGGGUUGACGAGGUGGAGGCCCGCAAGCUAAGACGGCUCAUGGGACCGAAUGAGGAUGAAAACAAUGGAAAAAAACAAUGGAUCGUAGGAGGGCACGGGGACUGCUGGAUUAAUAAUAUGCUUUUCCGAUAUGACCCAAUUACCAAGAAGCCGGUGGAAAUUAUGCUCGUGGAUUUGCAGGUCUUCCGAGAAUCCUGCCUCACCUUGGACCUCGUCUACUUUUUCUACACGAGCACGGAUCACAACCUUCGGUCUCAAAGCCUGGAUUCUCUCCUCCAACUCUAUGCAGAUCACUUUCUCCAAUUUUGUCGCAUUCUGGACACUCCUCCGUUUCCAGAUUUUUCUGUCAAAGAGCUCAAGCGUAGGUUUAAUCGUUCGAAAGUGCUGGGUUUCAUGAUGGCCAUACUCGUGCUCCCCAUCAUUUUGACAAGUCCAGAAAACUCCGUAAAUUUGGACGACGUGGAAGUGAAAGCAAGUGGAAAAGAGGGCGAAGAGGGUGAGAUCCCUGAUUUAAGUGACCUCCUCGACUCCAUGAAGGUAAAGGAGGCAGGGGACCAGAACUUGAUGCAGAGCAGAUUUCAAGGCAUGAUUCUUGAGUUGCACAAAGAUGGAGUUUUAUAAAAAAAAACAUUUUAUGACAAAUUUUAGUAUGAAAAGCUGAAUUUAUUGGGCACCUACACGCCCAAAUGCAUACAUUACAAGUGUGUAUAAUACAUAUGUACAAUAUUAAAAUAGUGCAAUAAUAUUGAUAAUAAAUAUUACUUUUGUUGUGAUUGAUUAUACAGGAA